AUGAGCUUAGAAAAUGACGAUAAGCGAGCUCGCACACGGUCCAAAGCCCUCCGAGGACCUCCAGAGACCACAGGUGCAGACCUCAGCUGCCCCACCCCAGGAUGCACGGGCUCAGGACACGUCCGCGGCAAGUACUCCAGGCAUCGGAGCUUACAGAGCUGCCCUCUGGCCAAGAAGAGGAAGCUGGAGGGAGCUGAGGCCCAGCACCUGGCGUCCAAGAGGAAGUCGCACCCCCUGAAGCUGGCUCUGGACGAGGGCUAUGCUGUGGACAGUGACGGCAGUGAGGACGUGGAGGUGAAGGACGCCUCUGUUUCCGAUGAAUCAGAAGGAACUCUGGAGGAGGCCGAGGCCGAGAUGUUAGGACAGGAGGAGAUUCAUCGCCCUGAGCCAGCUGAAGGAAGGAGCCCCAUCAAGUCCUGUCUUGGAUCCAACCCUGUCAGCAGCCCUGCUGGCUCCUCCAAGGGCAGCUACGGCAGCUACCAGGGGGUCAUCGCAACUUCCCUCCUAGACUUGGGCCAAAUUGCCGAAGAGCCCAUAGUAGGGGAGGACUCGGGCCAGGUGGCGAGGCCAGGCCCUUCUACUGUGCACCUGCUUCAGGAGGAGGCUGCAGAGGGAGCCACCAGUGACGAGGGCGAGAAGGACCUCUUCAUCCAGCCAGAGGACGCAGAGGAGGUUGUUGAAGUCACCAGCGAGCAUUCCCAGGAGCUGUGUCCCCAGUCCCUGGAGGAUGUGGUUAGGGAGGAGUGCAACAAGCAGAAAGGCAUCCUGGGUCACGAGGAUGAGGAGGAGGAGGAGGAAGAGGAGGAAGAGGAGGAGGACGAGGAUGAGGACGAGGAGGACGAGGACGAGGACGAGGAUGAAGAGGAGGAGGAGGAGGAAGGGGAGGAGGGGCCAGCUCCUGAUGUCAUCUUCGAAGACGUUGCCUCUCACACCUCGGCCCAGAAGGGCCCUGAGCUCCGGCGCCCAGAGCCACCCAGUCCCAAGCCUGAGUGCUCUGUCAUUGUGGAGGUCCGCUCAGACGAUGACAGGGACGAGGACACAUGCUCCCAGAAGUCCACGGUCACCGCCGAGUCGGAGAUGCAUGACAUGAUGACCCGUGGGAACCUGGGCCUCCUGGAGCAGGCCAUCGCCCUGAAGGCCGAGCAAGUGCGCGCUGUCUGCGAGCCAGGCUGCCCACCUGCCGAGCAGGGCCAGCUGGGCCCAGGCGAGUCAGGGAAGGUGGCAAAGCCCUUGGACGCUGUGCGGAAGAGCUGCUACAGUAAAGAUCCUUCAAGAGCUGAGAAGCGUGAGAUCAAGUGUCCAACACCAGGCUGUGACGGCACUGGCCAUGUUACUGGGUUGUACCCUCACCACCGCAGCCUGUCUGGCUGUCCCCACAAAGACAGGAUCCCCCCAGAGAUCUUGGCCAUGCAUGAGAAUGUGCUGAAGUGCCCCACUCCUGGCUGCACAGGCCAGGGCCACGUGAACAGCAACCGCAACACGCACAGAAGUUUGUCUGGGUGUCCCAUUGCUGCCGCUGAAAAAUUAGCCAAAUCUCAUGAGAAGCAGCAGCCACAGACAGGAGACCUUUCCAAGAAUAGCUCCAGUUCCGAUCGGAUCCUCAGGCCCAUGUGCUUUGUGAAGCAGCUCGAGGUCCCUCCGUAUGGGAGCUACCGGCCCAAUGUGGCCCCUGCUACGCCCAGGGCCAACUUGGCCAAGGAGCUGGAGAAGUUCUCCAAGGUCACCUUUGACUACGCAAGUUUCGAUGCUCAGGUUUUUGGCAAACGCAUGCUUGCCCCAAAGAUUCAGACCAGCGAAACCUCACCUAAAGCCUUUCAAUGCUUCGACUACUCUCACGACGCCGAGGCUGCACACAUGGCUGCCACCGCCAUCCUGAACCUCUCCACGCGCUGCUGGGAGAUGCCUGAGAACCUCAGCACGAAGCCACAGGAGCCCCCCAGCAAGCCUGUGGACAUUGAGGUAGAUGAAAACGGAACCCUGGACUUGAGCAUGCACAAGCACCGGAAACGAGAAAGUGCUUUCCCCAGCAGUAGCAGCUGCAGCAGCAGCCCCGGUGUGAAGUCUCCAGAUGCCUCCCAACGCCAGAGUGGCACCAGCGCCCCUAGUAGCUCCAUGACGUCGCCCCAGUCCAGCCAGGCCUCCCGCCAGGACGAAUGGGACCGGCCCCUGGACUACACCAAGCCCAGCCGCCCGCGAGAGGAGGAGCCCGAGGAGUCAGAGCCAGCAGCCCAUUCUUUUGCUUCUUCUGAAGCAGAUGACCAGGAAGUGUCGGAAGAGAAUUUUGAGGAGCGCAAGUACCCGGGGGAAGUCACCCUGACCAACUUUAAGCUGAAAUUUCUCUCCAAGGACAUAAAGAAGGAGCUACUCACCUGUCCCACCCCCGGCUGUGACGGCAGUGGCCACAUCACCGGCAACUAUGCCUCCCACCGCAGCCUCUCUGGUUGCCCUCUUGCUGACAAGAGCCUCAGAAACCUCAUGGCUGCCCACUCUGCUGACCUCAAGUGCCCCACGCCUGGCUGUGACGGCUCUGGCCACAUAACAGGGAACUAUGCUUCACACCGGAGCUUGUCAGGCUGCCCUCGUGCCAAGAAGAGCGGAGUCAAGGUGGUUCCCGCCAAGGACGACAGGGAGGACCCGGAGCUGAUGAAGUGCCCGGUUCCAGGCUGUGUGGGUCUUGGUCACAUCAGCGGCAAAUACGCCUCUCACAGAAGCGCAUCUGGCUGCCCACUGGCUGCCCGAAGGCAGAAAGAGGGCUCCCUCAAUGGCUCGACCUUCUCCUGGAAGUCGCUGAAGAAUGAGGGGCCAACCUGCCCCACACCAGGCUGUGAUGGCUCCGGCCACGCCAAUGGGAGCUUCCUCACCCACCGGAGUUUGUCUGGGUGUCCCAGAGCAACCUUUGCUGGAAAGAAGGGAAAACUCUCAGGGGAUGAGGUUCUCAGCCCGAAGUUCAGGACCAGUGACGUGCUGGAGAACGACGAGGAGAUCAAGCAGCUGAACCAGGAGAUCCGAGACCUGAACGCGUCCAAUUCGGAGAUGGAGGCCGCCAUGGUGCAGCUGCAGUCCCAGAUCUCCUCAAUGGAGAAGAACCUGAAGAACAUUGAGGAGGAGAACAAGCUCAUCGAGGAGCAGAACGAAGCCCUGUUUCUGGAGCUGUCCGGCCUGAGCCAGGCCCUUAUCCAAAGUCUUGCCAAUAUCCGCCUUCCACACAUGGAGCCAAUAUGUGAACAGAAUUUCGACGCCUAUGUGAGCACCCUCACUGACAUGUACUCCAACCAGGAGUGCUACCAGAAUCCUGAGAACAAGGACCUCCUGGAGAGCAUCAAGCAGGCCGUGAGGGGCAUCCAGGUCUAG